GGGGGGACGCCAACUUCUGUGGAAAAAUACGCAUUUGUUGUACAGAUCAUCCGAAGUGGGGCUCUGGCGUGCGGUGGGUCUCUGCUCACAAGACAAAUCGUUCUUACUGCAGCACAUUGUUUCUUUAAGAACGAUGUACGGAUACAUAUAAAAUACUACACAGUGCUUGCCGGAACCACGAACAAUAAUUCAGGAGGACAGAGACGCGAGGUGACGGAUUUGGCAAUACACACAGGAUACAAACCACCUGCAAAGGACAAUGAUGUGGCUCUUUUAAAAACUUCUUCUCCGUUCGAUCUGAGCGUCAGCAUUUGUUUAGCUACCAUACCCUAUAAGGACAAUACCAUCGCUGACAACUCUUCGUUAACAUACUUGGGAUGGGGACUAACAAAGCACGGAAAGUCAUCGGUUCUGAUGGAGGUGUCAGUUAGCAAGAUUAACAACGACGUCUGCAUGCGAAAAUACCAAACACAUCCUGAAAAUACCUUUCGCGUCACUCAGAGAAUGCUGUGUGCAGGUCAAUCAGGUGCCGAUGCCUGCAAUGGAGAUAGCGGAGGUCCUUUAGUAUAUCACGGCAGCGUCGUGGUAGGUGUGACGUCCUGGGGAGUUAGCUGCGGAGACCCGAACUACCCUGGCGUCACCACGAAAGUCGCCAGUUAUAGUGACUGGAUCAAUGCUACGGUGAACGUCCUCCAUCCUCUGUCCUCCGAUGAUAACGCAUUUGAUACUGGACAAUUAAUUUGGGUUUUUCUUAUUGUAGCGAUUGCGCUAGUAGGAGUCAUCGUUACGUUAUUGAAAAAAAACCUUGGUUGAUGAUAUAAAGUCCAAUCCUUUAUUUUUUUUUAAUAAUGUAGCUGUAACGAGCUACUGACAUUAUGUAAACGGUUUCAUAAAUAUUUCAUAAUUGUUUUUAUAAAUUUAUACCA